AGAGGAUUAGUGCUGCAGGUAUUUAAGCUCACAGCAAGUGUGUGUAUGUGAACAGACAGCAUGCAGCAGAUCUACAGACACAGCAACGAACAGUUUGAGGUUUAUACCACCGUCUUCUCCCCCCAGGUCUGCAGGUCGAGGGCGAGGACGAGACAUGUGGGAGUGGAAAAGAUGGUGGUGGUGAGGAUCCAGUACCGGGCCCGCUGGUCGAAGGAGCUGGAUCUAAACCAGGGGGACCUGGUCCAGGUUCUGUUUAAGGAGGACGCAGUCUGGUGGUUCGGGCGGCUGCAGAAUGGCCACGAGGGCUACUUCCCAGCCACCUGUGUGGAGCCGCUGCAGGGCGGAGCCCCGUCCACAGCCACGCCCACCCUGCUGAGGAGAGGCUCGGUGCCGGCAGUUGUACCAACCGCAGGUGCCCCUUGUGGCUGCACAAGUGGUCGCAGCACCCCAAAGCUGCUCAGGAAAAACAGCAUCCGCCGUCCACUCGGCCUCGACGGUCCCUCGGCGGCAGGGUCUGGAGGCUCCUCGGCGGCUUUGCAUGGCUCUCCGAGCCUGCUCCACCGAGUCCUGGCCAAAUCCAGGAGGAAGAGCUGCCCCCAUCUUCCCCACAUCCCCCACAUCCCCAGCCCUGCCCGGGAUGCCGGUUCUGUGAACACGGCCUUCCAGCCAGACUAGACCUGAGUUCAGAUCGAUUUUCUGUUACUCCUCACUCUGCUCCUGACCCCCAACCCUGAGCCUGAAGACAGGGGUCAGGUCCAGGUCACCGCGGGGACCUCCUUCAUCUGCUCAAGUCUCUCAGGUCAGAUCUGAGCCGAGCCUGAUGCAACUCCAUGUUUCAGAGGCCGAUCGAGUCAACUCUCAAGUCCAAAACCUCCCAGUCAGCUCAGAGUCCUCAAGGCCGAGUCCUCAUCCCUGAAGUCAGUCUCAGUUUAGACAUGAGGAACCACCAGGACUUCAAAAGUGAUAAAGAACCCUCCCAGUUGGGACGAAGCCAACUCAUCGUUGCUGUGUUCACAUUUCGUUCAAACUCAGAAGCUGAUCAGAGACGGUCACCGAGAUUUCUGACUCGGCCCUGAGAGCACAAAAUAGAUCCAGACACUCGUCCCAGCUUCAUCACUUUAUUAAAACAGGAAACCCACUUUGUUUUUGUUUCAAUUCACAAGUUUGAUGUUUAAAAGUGAAAUAAAAGUGUUUCAAGUCCAUUCAAA